AUGUCUUCUCCGAACGAUGUUAGUAUGGCAGGCGCCGAAACAUCGCGCAGCUAUGAGCCCUUCACUGUGGAGGAAAACAUCCGACAGCUCAACGCCAUCGAUCAACAAAUUGUUCAGCUCAUGAAGCACACUGCCACAGCCCUCAAUGCACUCACAAUACCGUCCACGCCAGAGUCCAACCAAACCCAAGAUCCAGCAGCUGAGCCUCCCAAGCCAUCAUUGGACCCUCCCGCACAGAAGGAUGCUUUUCGCUCAGCGACAGAUUCAUUCCUCACCUCACUACAUGCUGUUGACGUCAAAAUGAAGCGACAGAUCUUUGCUCUCGAGGAGGCUAGUAUCAUCAAUCUGGCGCCUCCGCAGCGUCAAGAGAAUAACGGACCUGUUCUGGCAUCGCAGAAACCCAACGGAGUUGGAGCCGUCGGUAAUAUCGGUGCUGGCUGGCUGAACAGCCGGGGUACAAGGGUGGAGAGGGAUAUGGAAGCAGAACUUUGGGAAAAGGCCAAGGACUUGCUGAAGAAGAAUGAAGCGUCUUAG